AUGCAAUGUGACGAUGAGGGCCGAGAGCGCGUCGUGAGUUUUCAGUCGCGACAGAUGAAACCUGCCGAGCGAAACUAUCCGGCACACGAUAAAGAACUUUUGGCUAUGCGUUAUGCGCUGAUCAAGUUCAGGGUAUAUUUACUCGGCGAGAAGAUGUUUUCAGUAUAUACAGAUCACGCAUCACUGCGUACCGCCGUCAAGACCCCUCACCUGUCUCAGCGUAUGGCUCGUUGGUUGUCUUUCUUCUCAGAGUAUAAUUUCGUGGUGUUUUACAAGCCCGGCAAGAAUAACAUUCUUGCUGACGCGCUUUCUCGGCGUCCCGAUUACGAUCCUCGACGCGACAUGGGUCGUCAGCCAGGUAGUGCUGAUGACGAAGACAAUGACAUUUGUUUGUGCUGUAUUGAGCUGGGGCUCAAUGCAAUGGUCUCGACACCUGUGCUAUCGGUCUCAGAUCGCUGA